CUUCUACCUCUUACAUCAUUUGAUAGAAAGGCUCUAAGUGCUUUUACAAAGGCAAAUGGGUCAGCCUCGUGUGUUGUUCUUUCCAUUCAUGGCUCAUGGCCACAUGAUUCCAACCUUAGACAUGGCCAUACUUUUUGCUUCACGAGGUGUGAAAUCCACCAUAAUCACAACUCUUGUCAAUGAGUCUAUUUUCUCCAAAACCAUCGAAAGAACCAAGUUUUUGGGCAUGAAGAUUGGCCUCCAUAUCAUCAAAUUCCCAGUUGCCGAGGCGGGGUUGCCGGAAGGAUGUGAGAGUUUAACUUUCACUACCAAUGAAAUGGUGCCCAUGUUCUUCAAAGCAACGACCAUGCUUCAACAACCACUCGAGCAAGUCCUACAAUAAUUCCGUCCUGAUUGCCUAGUCGCUGACAUGUUCUUUCCGUGGGCUAAGACUAGUUUUCCAUGGAACUUGUUAUUUUGCGUUGUGUGCCAUGGAGAGUGUGAGACUUUACGAGCCUUUCAAGAACGUGUCCUCUGACUCUGAACCUAUUGCUUUGCCUAAUCUCCCACACGACAUAACUUUCAUUAAAACCCAAGUGAAUCCUCAUGAGCGAAGAGAGAUUGAAACAGACAUGGGAAAGUUGUUUAGUGAAGUGAAGGAGUCAGAGUUGAUUAGCUAUGGCGUCAUAGUUAAUAGUUUUUAUGAGCUUGAACCCGAAUAUUCUAACCAUUACACGAAGGUUUUUGGCAGAAGGGCGUGGCAUAUAGGGCCACUUUUACUUUGUAAUGUGGAUAUUGAAGAUAAAGCAGAGAGAGGAAAGAAAGCAUCCAUAGAUAAACACGAGUGUAUAGAGUGGCUUAAAUCGAAGAAACCCAAUUCUGUUGUAUAUUUGUGUUUCGUAAGCAUGACUAAUUUUACCGUUGCUCAAUUGUACAAGAUUGCGAUGGGGCUUGAAUCUUCAGGACAAUAAUUUAUCUGGGUUGUUCGGAGAGGGAAGGAUGAGGAGGACGAAGAAAAGUGGUUGCCUGAAGGAUUUGAAGAGAGAGUGAAAGGGAAGGGCUUGGUAAUAAGAGGGUGGGCCCCCCAAGUGUUGAUACUUGAUCAAGAAGCUGUUGGAAGUUUCGUGACUCAUUGUGGGUGGA